GACAGCUUCUCACACAUCAUCUCUAUAGUCUCACUAAAACUGGGAAACUAACUCACCUGCCACUUCUCCAACCAAAAACCCACCGUCUUUUAACUACAACUGCAUCAGCACCGUUUGUGACUACUGCCACUGACAUGGAAACGCAGCAUACACACGGACUUUGCCACACCUGCAGAAGAGCGGAGAGCACCAGAAUGAGGGUCAAGAAGAUGUCUUCAUCUAGUCGCGCGCUGCUGUUUGCGUUGGCCCUGACGCUGUACGUAGUGGAAAUGGCCUCGGCCGAGACGCUGUGUGGGGGAGAGCUGGUGGAUGCGCUGCAAUUCGUCUGUGAAGACAGGGGCUUCUAUUUCAGUCGGCCCACGAGUAGGUUUAAUAAUCGGCGUGGUCAGCACCGAGGGAUCGUAGAGGAGUGCUGCUUUCGUAGCUGUGAUCUGGCCCUGCUGGAGCAGUACUGUGCCAAACCCGCCAAGUCAGAGAGGGACGUGUCCGCUACCUCUCUGGUCAUCCCCAUGAUCCCACUAAAACAGGAAGUCCCAAGGAAGCAGCAUGUGACCACCAAGUAUUCCAAAUACGAGGUGUGGCAGAGGAAGGCGGCGCAGCGGCUCCGGAGAGGAGUCCCCGGGAUCCUGAGGGCCCGGAAGUUUCGGAGGCAGGCGGAGAUGAUCAAGGCCCAGGAGCAGGCCAUCUUCCACAGGCCUCUGAUCAGCCUGCCCAGCAAACUGCCUCCAGUCUCGCUCACCACGGACAGCUAUGUCAGCCACAAAUGAGCCCGCUGCUGCCCUUUGCACAGACAAGAGUUGGAUGGAGAAAAAAAGACUAGGGGAUUAUAGCUUUGUCUCUGACGUCAUUUCUGUGGCAGUCCUCUUUGACCUCCCCUGCCCUGUCCGAGCCCACCAUCCCUCCCCCUGCUCUCAUCCAAUACUGUUUCUACUGCGACCCCCCCCCAGAGAGACCCCCACCCCAAUGCACAGACUCCACAUUCUUCCUGUCUCAACUCUUUCGGCUCCCCCCUCUCUUUAGUCACUCACACAAAAGCCACCACAACCACAAGUGAUGGACAAAAGUUCACAUUUUGACUGAAUGCGAUUCAGGUGGAUCCUUGAGGAACGCCAAAAGGGAAGGGAGAAACCUGAUGAAAGAGAUCAAUGGUCUGGCCGUGUUGAGAGGACACACACACAGCGGACUGUUUUUUGGCCUUGUGGAAGACGACUGAAAGUGAAGUGCAGAUUGCAUGAGAGAACCAUUCCACAUUCCUGAGGCGAAAAGAAAGCCCCUCAUAGUUCUUCUUCUUAUUAGUUUGCACCUCUACCUAUAAAGGGACAUCCACACUGUAAGGAAUUAUUUUGUAAAAUUAGAUUCCUGCUCCAGCACCUUUUGAUCACAAACAAAAAGCAGAAGAGAAGAGUCUGCAAAAUUGCACAUUGCCACGGAUUACGUCAAAGUAAAGAAAAAAUGGCACUAUUUUUUUAUGAACAAUGGACGUGUAGCUUAAAUAAUGUCAUGGUGCUAGCUUUGGGAAACAGACUCAAAGAAGAGGAUGAAGCACGUUUUUUUUCGUUGAAUGAAUAUUAAUACUUUCCGUUUUAAGGAAAGUGUGACUGUUAAACAAAUUAGAGGAAAAUAAAAGGAUAUAAAAGGGGGAGCUCCCGGCAGUGGCAAUGUCAAGGGGGACUGAGACUUUGGACAGGAGCAGUGGGCUGUGUUGAGUGUGAUUGGCUGCUCUGAUCGCGGAGGGGGACACUGGACUGGCGCUCUGUCCCCCCGGCCCCAGCUGGACACGGGGCACAGCGCGGGGACAUAUGAGACUCCAUGGACAGCCCGGGUUGGGACAGUACUUCUGGGACAGUACUUCCUGGUUGCCAUGGCUCCGUGGACUGCUUGGAAAAGGAAAUAACAUGGCAAUGGAUGGAGAAUGAGUGGGAUAAUAAUGAAUUUAUUUUAUUUUUUGUCUUUAUUUUUCUGUUUUCUUUCAUAUCAAUGUUUCAGAUGAAAAAAGGAUAAACCCAGUCAGUUUCUGGUACAGUGACAUUCCUGUUUUUCAGUUAGGCAUUUUUGUUUUGUUAUAUGGUUAUUGUUAUUAUGUUACUUUACAGUUUUAAAAGAAAGGCACAAAAUCUUGAUUCAAAGGGAAAAAACAGCAAUAAUGUCAACUAACAUUUUAUUUUUAUUGUAUAUCAGUAGUAUUCACAUGCUUUUGCCUGAAAACAAAUACUUGAAUAUAUAUAUAUACAUCUAUAUAUAUAUAUAAAAUAUAUAUAUAAAUAUAGAUAUACGAUUAGUUUCCAGGGACAUUGUGUUAUUUUCCUUUAGUCUGAGCUGUACCUUGCGUAAUGAGCCGCCAAGCUUUUUUGUUUGUUUGUUGAAAUACAAAUAAGGGCACUGUAUAAAGGCAUUAUUUAUUUUGUUAUAAAGUAUAUUUGAAAAAAUUGGUCCAAAUAAUAUACGUAGCACUGAUGCUCAACUGACGGAUUUAUUUUAUAUGAUCGCUGUUCCAAUUGGAGUUGUAAGGCUUUUUUUGUAGAUGCUUUGUACCAAAAAUAAUGUCUUUUAAUUUCCUCUUCUUUUCGUUCGCCAUAGUUACGUUAAAUUAAUAUUUGAACAGCAGCUUCGUCGGGUCUGCUUAGGCAUGUCAUGUCACAAAAAUAGGCACAUACUUAGAACAAGAUGGUCUGCAUGGACUUCCAGAAGCCAGUCAGGGCGCUCACCCUUAAGUGACUUUACAAUGGAAGGAAUAUCUGCUCAUUGAUUGUACUCUACCCACUAUGUUUUAAAGCCACUUUAGUAUUUAUGGCUGGAGAAUGAUCAGUCCUACAUUAAAUUGUGUUGUUUUAUACCAUUUCCUGUUUGUGCAUUCUGACCUAAGGAAGCUUUCAGAUGUGAUUCUGGGGCAGUUGUCCACAAUAGUCCUUUUAAAACAAUGCCCCUGUAUUUGCAUAGUGAAACAUGGCAGAGUGAGAUGGUUUCACAUUUGCUUCUCGUUAUAAUGUCCUAUAAUACUGCUCCAUCCAUUAUGCAUUGAUGAAGGGCUAUCUCGCUAAACCUCUUCUGAAGCACUCAGGAUCAUGUGAGCUCUGUGAUUGGCUGAGCCCGGGUCCUGCUGUGUGGAUGUGGGGAGGGCAGCUGAGCCACAAUGAUACAGCUCUUUAUGACAGCAAAAACCACUAAAGCCCGUGUAGAUGAUUCUUUCUUAUGUCAUGCCCACCUGGCACAAGCCACCACUCUGAUCUGAACCCAGCAUCUCAAGACUGCGUCCUGUCUUUAAUUAUAUUCUGCUUCAGUUGUGCAACAAAGCAGGCAGUGCAAUUACUAUUUUUAUUAUUAUAUUAAUAUUAUUAUUAUUAUAUUUUCUAUUUUAUUGGACAUUUUCCUGCUAGGACUGCAUUCAUCCACUAUUGUAAAGAUCAAAAGGUUACUCUAGUGUUCUUAUGAAUGGCGUGUAUGACAACCACUUCUCUUUUCGCUGAAUAUGAAGAUUUGAAAUACCUUUGCCAAGCAAAUGGCAACAGUUUCUGUGUCAGUAGCUCACUCAGCCUGUGUGUAUUUUAUUAAUUUAACCUCUGCACGCUAAAAACGUCCGAAAUGCACAAUUCAUGUACUUUCAUUUUUAAUAUCAAUAAAAAAACAUUUUAUCAAACGGA